GGCGGCGCGUCGGUGGGAACGGAGAAACCGGUGCCGAUCGUGAUCAUAGAUAACAAGAGCGAUGCGUUCGCCACGGUGGUGGAGGUGUCGUUCGGAAACUACCUCGGCGAGCUGCUCGACACCGUCGCGGCGCUGAAAAACCUCGGCUUGGACAUCAACAAGGGGGACGUGCAAAUGUCCGGGGAUUCGACGAAGACGUCGAAAUUUUACGUGAUCGAUCGCGAAAACGGUGAGAAGGUGACCAAGAGCGAGCGCUUGGAGGAGAUUCGUCAGACAAUCUUGACCAACAUGAUGGCGUUUCACCCGGAAGCCGCCGAGUACAUUCAAGCCAAGGCGCCGACGCGCGCGGGGGGCGAGGGGGUCUUGGGUAAGGUGAAGAAGAAGGUGCAAACCGGCAUCAAGUGCGCCCCGGAGCGGUACCACUCCAAGCUCGAGAUCGAAACCACCGAUCGACCGGGGUUGUUGGUGGACGUCGUGCGCACGCUCAAGGAUUUGAGCCUGUGCGUCGUGAGCGCCGAGGUGGACACCAUCGGAGAUAAGGCGAGCGACAUCAUCUACGUCACCCAUAAAGGUGGGCCGUUGUCGCCGCCGAUGGAACAACUCGUGGUGAACUCUCUGUCUUACUACUUGUCUCUGACCGAGGAGGAAAGUUACUAA